AUGGAGAGCUUUGACUUAGUCUUUGCUCUUACUCUCUCCUUACAGUUCUCAGACCUCGCAGAUUGCGUAUCAUCUCAUGCAAUCAACUUGCCAUUGCCUUUCUUCCGGCUCACCCUCAUACGAGCCGUGAUUAAAAUGGAUUCACUACCAUUGACGGUUGAACAAAUCCUCGCCACUGGCAUCAUGGACCCAGAAUUCGAGGCCGCCUGGAAAGCCAUCGGCUCGCCCCCUGGAAACAUCCCGAGCGACAUUCCCACGUUCCAGAAAACCGUUGAGGCAACCCUUCCUAUGGCUCAGAAGAUGCUCGCAGCGAGCCGAACGCAGAACAUUGUGGAGAGAGAACACGAAGUCCCAGUCGACGACACGUAUUCAUCCCGCACAAUCGUCUGUCACUCCGCCACUCCCAGCACCACCCCAUCUCCCAUCGUGAUCCUCGUCCACGGCGGCGGCCACUGCGUUGGAUAUCCAGAGAUGGAGCUCACCACCGCGCGGGAACUGGUGCUGGCGCAUAACGCGACUUGUGUAUUACCGUCUUACCGUCUUGCGCCGGAGUACCCUUUUCCUACCGAUGUCCACGAUAUAUUCACAGUGGUGCAGUAUAUUGCACACAAGACGACGGAAAAAGAUGAGAAUGGCAUUCUGCCUGUCAAUGCUGACCCAAAAAGGGGGUUCGUUAUCGGAGGUCUAUCAGCAGGGGCAGCCAUCAGCAACAACGUGGCACAGCUCGCUCGGGAUCUGCCUCUAGAGCCUCCUCUGACCGGGCUGUUCUUAGCAUGUGGAGUUUUCUUUGAGCCUGGUGGUGUUCCCAAUCGUUAUAAAGACUUCCAUCUCUCUCUGGAACAGAACAAGUCUGCUCCAGUCUUCGAUACGCCCUCUUUGAUAGAAUAUUCGAACGCGUACAAAGGGGACAAGCCAUCAACACUGAGCAAUCCGGUUUCCGUCAGCCAACAGCCUCGCUCUGACGCCUCUGUAACUGAGUGUAACCACCUGCUGCCUGUCUAUUUUCAGGUCGCUGGACUGGAUCCUGCUCGGGACGACAGUCUUAUCUACGAGCGCAUGCUGCGGGAAGAGCGCGGUGUGCCGACGAGGAUGGAUGUUUAUCGUGGGCUUCCUCAUGGUUUCUGGACACAGUAUCCGGGUCUGACAGCUUCUCGAAAACGAAUGCGAGAUGCUGUCGACGGCGUCGGGUGGUUGUUGGGGAAGAAAUAA